AUGAUCAAACUCUUGGCGUUCAUAACAGGAUUCGGAGAUGAGCCCACACAUUCUCUUCCACUCAACAAUGAUUCCUUUGCGCAGUGUUCAAGCGUCUAACCCGAGUGGACGUAUUUAAAGUCCCUUCCGCCUCCUCCAUAUUUGUCUGGUCCCGUAUUGUCAUUGAGCAGUCACGUUCCCAAAGCCAUACGUAGCAAGAUGCACAACUCUUGUGAGCUAAGCGAUGAGUCAAUCUACCUCGGCAUCUCGGCUUCUCUCGUUGAAGAGGCUACUGGUCUUCCGGAUCAUCCCGACUCGGUCGACAACCACUACAAGGCCAUACCGACAAUUUUUGCAACAUGCCCCCUUUUACACCAUUUCUCCAUUCCAACAGGGCCUCUCACAACUGACUAUCUGGACGUCUACUUGGCCCGACUACACAUUCUCUUGCCUUGGUCUACUCGUCUCAUUUGCAUAGUCAGACGCAUUAAGUUGCAUUGUUUCGCGCCUGCCUCGGCUACGUCCCAUACCAUCUUCCUCAUCGCUGAGGCCGUUACUCACCUCUCUUUCUAUCGCUCUCUCGCGCUUUCUCGCUCUCUCGCUCUCACUCUCUGCUCAUUUUGUCUAUCAUGGCCAUUGACUGUUGGGACGCCUUUGGCUCAUGUCCACUUGUUAACGCUCUAUUGA